UCUGCCUGCACAAGGCUUGGGUUCCCAGAAGCUGAAGGAGUGGAAGAAACCCGAGCCAUUCAGGCAACGCAAGCGCAAGCGGAGGUGGGUGUGGACGGCUGAGGCACAUUCAGGGCUCGCAAGCCAUUUGGGAUUUCCAAUGGGAUCUGGGAAGCAGCUGAAGCAACAGGCAGCUUAGUGGUCCCGCGAGGCCAGCCGCAGUUUGAAUGCUCAGCUCUGCAGCGGUUCUGGACCAAGUUGCCCAAAGCCUACCCUCACAUCCAUCAGGUCCUUGUCACCCAGGUGGAUGCACAUGGCUUUUCUACGGAAAGUCAAUCAAGUGUUGCUGUUUCUUCUGGUCCUGACUCUCUGUGGGAUUCUGUACAAGAAAGUUCGUAAGGGAGCCGUGCUUAAGGACAAAGCAGAUGUUGAUUCCGAGUCCCCUGAGGACAUGGAAGAGGAGAUUCCAGUGGUGAUCUGUGCAGCAGCAGGGAGAAUGGGUGCAGCCAUGGCAGCCAUCAACAGCAUUUACAGCAACACCGAUGCUAACCUUGUGUUCUACGUAGUGGGGCUACGGAGCACUCUGCCUCGAAUACGAAAAUGGAUUGAACAUUCUAAACUGAGAGAAAUAAACUUCAAGAUUGUGGAGUUCAAUCCUAUAGUCCUCAAGGGGAAGAUUAGACCAGACUCAUCGAGGCCUGAGCUGCUCCAGCCUCUGAACUUUGUUCGGUUUUAUCUCCCUCUGCUUGUCCACCAGCAUGAGAAAGUCAUCUAUUUGGACGAUGAUGUUAUUGUACAAGGCGAUAUCCAGGAACUGUAUGACACCACCUUGGCUCUGGGCCAUGCAGCGGCCUUCUCAGGCGACUGUGACUUACCCUCUGCUCAAGACAUCCACCGACUUGUGGGACUACAGAACACAUACAUGGGCUAUCUGGACUACCGGAAGAAGACCAUCAAGGACCUUGGCAUCAGCCCCAGCACCUGCUCAUUCAAUCCUGGUGUGAUUGUUGCCAACAUGACUGAAUGGAAACACCAGCGCAUCACGAAACAGCUGGAAAAGUGGAUGCAGAAGAAUGUGGAAGAAAACCUCUACAGCAGCUCCCUGGGAGGAGGAGUGGCCACCUCUCCCAUGCUGAUUGUGUUUCACGGGAAGUAUUCCACCAUCAACCCACUGUGGCAUAUACGGCACCUCGGCUGGAACCCUGAUGCAAGAUAUUCGGAGCACUUCCUGCAGGAAGCUAAACUACUCCACUGGAAUGGAAGACAUAAACCCUGGGACUUUCCUAGUGUUCACAAUGACUUAUGGGAAAGCUGGUUUGUUCCUGACCCUGCAGGGAUCUUUAAACUGCAUCACAAUAGAUGAAACCCUCCAACAGUUAAAAUACACCCUGGAUAAAAAUGGAACGGGCCCUCUGUGUCUUCUAACACUGUUCUUUAAGAGCAAGUCUUCUGAUACAGAUGACCUCUGGUGUAAGAGACAGAUACGACUGUGUACACGUUGAACCAAGGCCCACACACAUAGACUCAACUUCUCUAAGUUCAAAUGAUUGCCAUGAGCAGCCCCUACUCAUUUUUUUUCUUUUGGUGUUUUGAGACAGGGUCUCGCUAUGUACCCCAAGUCUCAACCUGAAUGACAACUAUAUCUGAAAAAUUUCAAAAUCUCUAUUUUCUCAGAUAUUUUGGGAGCAGUUCUUUUGUUUUACUUUUAAGAUGGGAUCUCACUGGCUGGAGAGAGUGUUGGCUGCUCUUCCAGAGGACCCAGCUUUGAUUCCCAGCACCCACACGGCAGUUCCAGGGGAUCUGACAUUCUCUUCUGGCCUUCACAGGCACUGGGUACACAUGUGAUGCACAUAUGGAAGGCAAAACAUCCAUACAUGUUUUCGAAAUAAUAGAAACAAGUUAGCCGGGUGGUGGCAGCACAUACCUUUAAUCUCAGCACUCAGGAAGCAGAAAGAGUUUAAUCUCUGUGAGUUCGAGGCCAGCUUGGUCUAUACAGUGAGUUUCAGGACAGUCAAGGCUACAGAGAAACGCUGCCUCAAAACAAACAAACAAACAAACAAACAAACAAACAGGGUCUUUCUCUAUAUCCCUGGAUAACUUGGAACUCACAACUUCAAAUUCACAAAGAUCCGCAUGUUUCUGCCUCCUAAGUACUGGAACUGAAGGCCUGGGCCACCACACCUGGCUGCAGGGUUUUCCUUCUUAAAAACAGGUUGCUAGUUUUGUCUUUUACAAAAUUAUAAAUUAAAAAAUGUAGAAUCUGUAAAAAUAAACUCUUCAAGCUUU